UGUAUUUCAGGAUUUUACAGUGUAAGGUGUAACAUACCAUGUGAUGAGAACUUGAGACAGUGUACAGAAUGCAAAGAAGGGUGUGUCGGUAAGUACUGCCAGCUGAAUUCAUCCUGUGUUUCUGGAUGUGUCGACUCCUACUAUGGCCUUGACUGCAAGAACUGUUCUGAACUAUGUAAAUCGUGCAAUAGAAGCACUGGAAUAUGUGACCAGUGUCAUUCGCCAUACACUGGUCCCAACUGUGAGAUGUCAUGUGAGAAUUGUAAAGGAACAUGCAAGGCCGGAUGCGUAGAAGGUUGUAAUCGCGGAUUUUAUGGUCACUGGUGUGAAAAGGUGUGCAGUGAAAACUGCCACGCUGGUCCUGGCGCAUGUGACAGAAAAGCUUCAAAGAACUGUAGUCCCGAAUGUGACAAAAUGACAGGAUUCUGUAUUCAUGGCUGUAAUGGCGGGUGGUAUGGAGCUAACUGCUCAACUCAAUGUAACCCAAUGUGUGUAAAUAUGUCCUGCGAUGAUUCAGGGGCGUGUGUAGCUGUCUGUGCACCAGGAUAUGCUGGUUCAGACUGUUCAUGCUUUGAAAACUGCAUCGAGCACAUUUGUUUCUCUGAGAACGGAACCUGUGCAAAAGGGUGUGCUAGUGGUUAUUACGGUGCAUUUUGUAACACCACCUGUGAGAUUUGCAUUGAUGGGAUUUGUAACCAGGAGUCUGAAACCUGCACCAAAGGAUGCAACAUUACUGAUAAAAGAUGCAAGUCUCCCUGUUCAGGUGACUGUCCCAUAGAUACCUGCGUCAAGGAAAUUACAUGUGAGCCUACCUCUCAGAGCCUUCCACUGAUCAUUAUCGGAACAUCAUCAGCGUGUUGCCUGGUUGGCAUCAUGGUAGCUGUAUGCAUUGGAUGCUACGAACGCACCAAAAGGUUUAUAUUCAAGUGUUUUAUGCAAAAAAGAGAUGACAAAGAAGAGGAAUAUCCAGCGGGACAACCGGAAGCACCCCAGUACGAGCUGAUGGAUAUUGAUCCUGAUAAGAACGAAACAGGCCCUGUGAUAGUUUUCCUUUAG